AUGGCGCCCAACGUCCUGGAUUCGUCGAGCGACGACGACGAGACGCCGCUCGCGGCGAGAGCGCCCGCGGCGAGCGCGGAUGCGGCGCGAGCGCGGGAGAAUUCGGAUGGGAAUGCGACCAUCGGAGACGCGAGCGGCGACGCGCGCGGGACGAGCGCGGGACGAGCGAUCGCGACGAACGGGGCGUCGAGCUCGGACGAUGAUGACGUGCCGCUGGCGCAGCGGGCGGUCGGCGCGGCGAACGGGGCGAACGGGGCGACGGGGGCGAGCGUCGGCGCGCCGGGGAGACCGACGGCGCCGUCUCGGGCGCCGGCGACGAACUUUUUCGCGAAGACGGAGGGCGCGACGGUGGCGAGACCGCCGAUCGUGACGCCGAAACCGCCGAUUGGUGGAGGGUUUAAGAUGUCGAAGCGACCGGUGGCGAUGCCGGCGAAGCAGAGCUCGAGGUUGGACAGCUCGAGCGACGAGGCGCCGAUCGCGGCGGGCCGACCGGAUCAGGGUUUGGACGAACGCCGACGACGAGAGGAGGAGGCGCGGGCGCGGGAGAGAGAGCGCAAGUAUCGGGAAGAAAAGUUGAAGAAACGCUUGGAAAAAGCCGCGCGGGCCGACAGGUUGAGCGACGAUGAGCGACGUCGAAUGCUGAAGAAACAGAAGCGAAUGCGCGAGGAGAAGGAGCGCGCGCGAAGCGAGGCGCCGAAGCGCCCGAAGACGAACCGAAGCGAGACUGGGGCGAAGAAGGGCGCGGUGAUCAUGUGGAAGACGCUCGAACACAAAGGC